AUGAUACAAUACAUAUAUUUUCAAGGAAAACAAAAAGGCCCAUCAGCAGAAACUAAAGGAGGGCAAUCACCCAUAGGACAACAACCUCUGGUCCAAAAAUUUCUUUUAUCACAGCAGAUACCUCCACAACAUGAGUCCUCUGGACAAGGAACACAACACCCGUUAAGACAACAUUCACCCACGUUUUGA